GGCCCCUGGCGCCAUGGCGCUGGGAGGCUCCUUCUUGUUGGGGGAGGGCGCUCUGGGCCCGGCUUGGGGACCGCCUUUUGUGAGGGGGACAAGGCCGCCUUUUGUGACUUCAUGAGCAAGGCCCGCAGUUAGAAGCCCGCUCCCGCACAGAGCGCGCCCGCCCGCCCCCGCGAGGGCUCUCUCACGUCUAGUCUUCCUCAAACCCUCCUGGUCCUUAACCUCCUUUCUGCCGGCCCCCACGCGGUGACCGGAGAGACUCCGCCCCCAGCAACCUCGGUCCCGCCUUCAGGGCGGCCCUUCGUGCCCAGCCCAGCCCUCGGGGCCACAGCCGCAUCUGCGCCUGCGCCUUUCGCGAUGCCACCGAACGCUCUGGUCUACAUGCGCUACGGGCCCUACCGCGCCUUAGGCCUGACCCUGGAGCACCGCACCUUCCGCCUGCAGGGCUUGCUGUCUAUAUUACAAGAUUCUGGACACCAUGUCAUUCUACAGAGGAUACAAGACUGGGAUGCCCUAGAGCUCAUAGUGAAUGGUGAAGUCGUUUUCCAGUGCAAAAUUAGUGAGUUGGAUUUUGGAGGUGAUGGCAGAUUAGAUCCACUGUGUGAAAGGGCCAGGCUAGCAGUGCUACAUGCCUAUUAAUAAAAUAGCUAUAUUUCCCCUUCUGUGAAGCAUCCCUCUUGGCUUGGAGUGAUUUCUAACCCCUGGAAUGGCAGGAAACAGGCAGUUUGAUGGUGGAGUUGAAAACACCUUGUCAAGCUCAGAGGCUCAUCUCUGGGCAGUCCAAGGUAUGUAAAAAAAACACCAACAACCUAGUGCACCAAUAAAGCUUUUCUACCCUGGCUACUGGUAAACACAAUGCAUCCAUCUACCAACAAUGAUGAUGAGGAUGAUGAUGAUAAUUACACCCUGCUUCCUGCAGCAUCUCCUAAUCCUGACCUAUAGGGAAAUGGCUACAAUUAUGGAUUGUCAAGUCUAUCUUGCACUGAGCUGAAAUAAAAAAUUAAAUACUAUCUAAUAAUAGCAACACCGUCACUCAAUGUUAAGUUGCCAGCAGCUGUGAAGAAUCCAGUCUGUAGUAAGGAGGGAAAUGGGCAAGAAUGAAAAUUAAAGAUUUUUUGAAGCUAGAAUUUAGUUCUCUGAAAGUCUGAAAACUAAAACUCAGAAUUCUGAGAUGUACAGAUCCAAUUUAAAACCUAAUUGUGAAGGACCUCAAAUACCAGGCUAGAUAGUUUGGAAUUUAUUUGGUAGAUAAUGAGCAAGUUUUGAGCAAAUAAAAUAAAAUAAUCUGAUCAAAGCAGUUCCAUAGGAAUAUUUGUAUAGAAUGUACAUCAAAUUUGGUAAUAAUAGUGUACAGAGUAUUUUGGAGAUGAGAGAAACUAACUAUAGGACUAUCUAGAAGGUAACUAUAAUUAUCUAACCAUGAAGUAAUAAAGGUGACAACUAGGUCAGUGUUAGUAGGAAUGAUAGGGAAGGGUAGAUAGGAGAGAAAUUGUGAAAGAAGAAUUGAUAAGACUUAGUGUCUGAUGGAAUAUGAAGGAUAACAUGAUGGAAAUUCAGGGAAAUGUUUUCAUGACUGGGAUUUGGGGACUCACUAGGGUUGAUCAGACCCCACAGAUAGAACGGAAAGGUGAGGGAUAUAAUAAUCACUAUAAGUUUAUCACUACCAAUCACUCCCUGAGUCUGAGUUAUGGAGCCAGUCUACUCCAGAAAGACAUUAGUCAGAGGAACUGGCUAU